GAUUAUGUAUUUUUAUUACUGUACUAACUUCGUAACAGUACGGACUAUCAUAUUAGCUAAACUACAAUGCCCCCAACAAUAAUUCAUGUCGACCUUACUAAAUCGGCUGAGGACCAGCCCACUCGCAUGCACAAUCGAUGGCAUCCGGAUAUUCCACCCGUUGCACGAGUACGUGUCGGCGAGCCAUUUAGAGUUGAGUGUAUGGACUGGACCGGUGGACGAAUAAAAGACAAUGACAAUGCUGACGACAUUGAAAAAUUAGACUUAAAUGGACUCCACAUUUUAAGUGGGCCGAUUUCUGUCGACGGGGCUGAACCGAAUGAUUUCCUAGUUGUAGACAUUUUGGAUAUCGGAACAUUGCCUGGUUCCGAGUGGGGAUUCACUGGUAUUUUUGCUAAGGACAACGGUGGCGGAUUCUUAACGAAUCAUUACCCCAAAGCGGCGAAAGCAAUUUGGAAAUUUGAGGGUCGUCAUGCAACAUCUCGCCACAUACCAGGCGUACGAUUAAGUGCUCUGAUGCACCCUGGCAUAAUUGGAUGUGCUCCUUCGAUGGAAUUACUUAAAGAGUGGAAUCGUCGAGAGGAAGAGUUGGUAUCACAAUCGCCGGACUCGGUUCCUCCAUUAGCUCUUUUGCCAGAUAAGUUAGGAUGUUUGGUGGGUUCAAUGGAAUCAACCGAAGCUGACCGCGUUGCGAAAGAAGCAGCUAGGACUAUUCCACCUCGUGAACACGGUGGUAAUUGUGACAUCAAAAAUCUAACAAUAGGCUCGAGAUUGUAUCUACCAGUCUAUGUCCCUGGUGCCAACCUAUCUGUUGGUGACUUACAUUUUUGUCAAGGUGAUGGUGAGAUUAGUUUUUGCGGUGCAAUUGAAAUGGCUGGUUACAUUGACUUGAAAGUUUCGCUGAUCAAAGACGGAGUCAACAAAUACAAACAAAAGAAUUCAAUGUUUGCGCCGAGUUCGUCCAGAUUGGUGUACGGUCCACAGCUGGUAUUUCAAGGAAUCAGUGUUGACGAGGACGGUCGUCAACAUUAUAUGGAUGCAAAUGUAGCUUAUAGACGAGCGUGUCUGAAUGCAAUAGAAUACUUAAAGACGCAGGGUUACACCGGUGAACAAGCUUACUUGUUGCUAAGUGCAGCUCCCAUUGAAGGACAUUUGAGUGGAGUGGUUGAUAUACCGAAUUCUUGUUGUACUUUGUCAUUACCAUUGGAGAUAUUUGAUCGAGACAUCAGCCCGAAAGUUGAUGUUGAGUAAUCCUGUGAAUGUCCUCGGCCAGGCCACCAUUCCAAUGACAGGCGUCCUACUUGUCAGAAAUGUCAGAAAUUGCACAAAUCU